AGGCGAGAUGAUUUUCCAGAGACUUUGAGGUAUAUCUGCCGCGUUCGCAGACCGAGGAGUCCCUUUCCAUUCUCUCUCAUAGUAUUAUAACCAUUAGCCUAGCUGCACCACAUCUUUGUGUAUGAGAUCAUGGAGUAAGUUUCGAGUUCAUGGCUUUAACAGGUUCUACAGAAUACGUGGAGGCACAUACACUUUAACAGGUUCUACAGAAUACGAGUUGUUUAUUUGCAAAAUUGUCUGAUUGGGACCAGUUAGGUGGAGUUGAAUUUGGUGUUGCGACCUUUUAUGCCAUGUAUCUUGAUAUAUGUUUUCGGGUGUCCGAGAAUAUUGAGGAUCCACAUCUUGAUAAUUUUUUUGUGGAGUCUGAGUGUGGACUUCCAGUAAAAGAACAUGCUCUAGUUCAUAAAACAAUGUUUACUUCUCUGUAUAUUGUCUUUGAUCCUGGUGGGGUUAAUAAUUCUCUUUGUGCGACGAGCAAACAACUUCUGUUUAGACUAAUGAAAGACUUAACUACAGAAAAUUAUGACACCACACAACAGUACAUGAAGACACAGGCUGUAGUAGAUGCACUUGCUAUCGUGUUACAAGAGUGGAAAGUAUUUGAAUUGAGGAAUGGAUAUAAGGUGAAGCUUCGAGCAAUACAGGGUGCUGAUUACACAUUUUCUGGUGUCAUUGAAGUGGUAGAGUUGGUUGCACAUCAUAGAUUACUUCAUGGCCUAGGCGAUGCAUUAAUUUAUAGUAUUCUCUUGAACAAGUAUGGGUUUGCAGGGCAGGUUAUAACUGAACAUAAUCUUAUAAUGCAGCAGAGUUCUAAUCUAGAUCGAAAAGAUCAUGGUUAUAGUUGGUUGAUAGCAGGUGCAAUGAAAAUAUUUAGUGGAGAGCGCACUUCUAAAACUGUUUACCAGUUCUUCAAGGCGGAUAAUUCUAGCUUCAAUGGGUGUGCGCAUGUUAAGGAGUUGGGACAAGAACUCACGGUUAUAGGUCUUGCUAUGCAUACUGAUACAAAAGUUGAAUUUGUGAACAUAUCUUCAAUGGCUAGUUCUGGUGUUAAUAACAGGGCAAUAAUCAUUGUGGGUAAAGGCAAUAUUGUCUUAGUUAGUGAUGAAAAUGGUACCAGCAAAACUGGAACUACUACAACGUUUAUGCUUAUGCGCUAUCUUGCCUAUUUUGGUGGUCAUAGAACCAUUGAAAUGCGGGCUGUGGAACAGGUUUUGGAGUCAUAUCCAGUUCUUGACGCACUUGGCAGUACCAAAAUAGUUAUAAAUACCAAAUCAAACCAUCAAAGUGAAUUUAUGGAGAUUCAGUUUGUCCGAAAUGGAAGGACAAUUGAUGUAGCACCCAAGGAUGAGAUCAAAAGGUGUAAUUUGGGGCAUCCAGAAUCAUUUCACCAUCUCAACCAUUUAAAAUUCUAUGAACUCCUAGCUGUUCGUGUUGCUCAGAAUACUUUUGAGACAAGGAUGGCUAUGAACAUUAUUGGUAUUAGCAAGAAAGAGCAGGAAGCAAUUUUAAGAGUUAUGGCACUGGUUUUUCAUCUUGCUGCCCGUGGCACACAUUCGUGCCUCGUCGAACUCGCCAUUAUGAUAUUAGUGUUGCUCUGUUCGAACCUUAAGGACAAGGUCCUUAUUGAGGUCGAGAAUAUUAUUAUGAAUCGGCCCCAACCCAAUAUGGACACUAACAAGGAUGACACGCAAAUAGAUAUUGGGCCGAGAAGAAGCAAUUGGGCCAGGCCUUCAUCAUUGUUAAUAUGGGAUCCAAGCUGCUUAAAUAGUAUCGGGUACCCCUAUCAGUAGUUGGUUGAAUUAUAU